CAAAAAAAGUGAAUUCGGAGUUUCAAUAAAGGAAAAGCACCGAUGCCCUACUUUGGCGCCUCUUUUUCGACAGCCUGUCUUCUAAACUCGGACAAAGCACUUUUUUCUUUUUUCAGCCUAAUGGAGCAACUCGUACAGCAAAAAUUUAACGAUGCCUUGGCGUCCGGUGAUGUUCAGUUUACCGAAGCGUCCAAAGUUCGAAAGGAAGUAGGAGGUGUUAAUUUCGAAAUCACCUAUGCACCUCAUCUCGGCAAAAAGCCCCAAGGCGGUGCGGCGGAAAAGUCGGAUAGUAAGCCGAAUCCUUUUGAAAAUCCGGCCUCGCCUCUUAUCGUUGAAGAAACCGACCAUCACCGUAUCCUCUUGAACAAGUUUUGCGUCGUCCCACAGCACUUACUCGUCGUUACCAAAGAAUUCAAGGAUCAGAAAGAACCACCGUUUCCUGAGGACUUGUAUGAGACGUGGCGCGUCAUGCGGUCGGCCUACGGUCCGAAUCGCGCCGUGGCAUUCUAUAACUGUGGCCCAUGCUCGGGAGCAAGCCAACGUCACAAACAUGUGCAAUUGAUGCCGCUGAAGGACAGCGGUGCCCAGCCGCCCAUUUUAGCUCUCUACACCAAGAUGCAGGAUAAAAAAGCAGGUCAAAUUUAUACCAUGUCGGCAUUACCGUUUGUUCACGUUAUUACACCUCUGGAUCGUGCAUUCAUCGACAGCACAUCUGACAAGGACAUUUUGACGGAUUAUCUUGGGCAGAUGUUUUUCGGGUUAUUGGACAACAUGUUUCAACAAAUGCGCGAGAACGCGAAUCCAAUGGACAUGUCGUACAACUUUAUCUUGACCGAAGACUUUAUGAUGAUGGUCCCUCGAAGCAAAGAAAUUGCGGUGAUCCCCUUUGAUGGUCAAGAUAUUGAGCUCUCUCUGAAUUCGCUGGCAUUUGCGGGACUUUUACUAGUGAAGAAGCAGGAACAGUUGGAAGCAUUGCAAUCUCAUCCCAAUCUCAUGGAGGUGCUUCAACAAGUCGGUAUUCCAUGGGCUCCGCCCACCAAUCCAGAAGAAGAAAAAGUUGAAUAAAGCUUUUAGAGUCAUCAACACAUGAAAUAUG